UCAUGUUAAUAAGUAGUGGCUCCACUGGAAAUGCAGCAAGGAUUCCUAGCACAUCCCAGUUGCCAUAGCAACAGCAGUCUUUCCCAUAAUGAGCUGCAUCAUCUGAACUGAUGUCACAGCAUCAUGCAGCAGGUCAAACAAGGCAUCUUCUAGUAUUGCAUCCUACAGAUGUGCUGUAAACAUCAAAAGAGGACGUUGGGAGCAGGAGAUGCUGUUUUGGAAAGAAGUAAGGCUUAGAUUUCUCCAUGUUAACCAUGAGCGUGACACUUUCCCCACUGAGGUCACAGGACCCGGAUCCCAUGGCCACUGAUGCCUCACCCAUGGCCAUCAACAUGACACCUACUGUGGAGCAAGGACAAGGAGAGGGAGAAGAGAGCAUGAAAGACAUAGAUGCCACGGAGCAGCAGUAUGGAAAGCCACCCCCACUCCACACAGUGGCUGACUGGAAGAUUGUCCUGCAUUUGCCUGAGAUUGAGACCUGGCUCCGGAUGACCUCAGAGAGGGUCCGUGACCUAACCUAUUCGGUCCAGCAGGAUGCAGACAGCAAGCAUGUGGAUGUGCAUCUCGUUCAGCUAAAGGACAUUUGUGAAGAUAUUUCUGACCACGUUGAGCAGAUCCAUGCCCUCCUCGAGACGGAGUUCUCCCUAAAGCUGCUGUCAUAUUCAGUCAACGUCAUUGUAGACAUCCACGCAGUACAGCUGCUCUGGCACCAGCUCCGCGUGUCGGUGCUGGUCCUCCGGGAGCGCAUCCUACAAGGUCUGCAGGACGCCAAUGGCAACUACACCAGGCAGACCGAUAUUCUGCAAGCUUUCUCUGAAGAAACAACAGAGGGCCGUCUUGAUUCUCUCACAGAAGUGGAUGACUCAGGCCAGUUAACCAUCAAAUGUUCUCAGAAUUACUUGUCUCUGGAUUGUGGCAUUACUGCCUUUGAACUGUCCGACUACAGCCCCAGUGAGGAUCUGCUUGGUGGCCUGGGUGACAUGACCACUAGCCAGGCCAACGCGAAACCUUUCGACUCUUGGAGCUACAGUGAGAUGGAAGAGGAUUUCCCCGAGAUUAUCCGAAGCGUUGGGCUGCUCACGGUGGCCACUGAGCCUGUGCCUUCCAGCUGCGGGGCAGCCAAUGAGGACUCUUCUCAAGUGUCUCUUUCAGAAGAGCACGAAGGUGGACAUGAGGAAGACAGUGCUCCUGCAGCUGGAGAGCAGCAAGGCUCAACACCGGGCACUUCUUCCUCAGGGGACAAGCUGACAGACGCUGCUCCUCAACACCUCGCAGAGACUACUAAGCAAGACCCAAGUUCCGCCCUACCGCUUGGUGCGAAAAAAGCCCAGCCUGGUCCAUGUGAAAUAACGACUCCUAAGAGAUCCAUCCGCGAUUGCUUUAAUUAUAAUGAGGACUCUCCCACGCAGCCCUCAUUACCCAAAAGAGGGCUUUUCCUAAAAGAAAGUCGUAAGAAUGAGAGGAAAGGCAGCGAAGGCAAGAGACAGGUGGUUGACCUGAAGCCGGAACUGAGCAGAAGCACCCCUUCCCUGGUGGAUCCCCCUGACAGAUCCAAGCUCUGCCUAAUACUGCAGUCUUCCUACCCCAGCAGCCCUUCUGCCGCUAGCCAGUCCUAUGAAUGUUUGCACAAAGUGGGGAUCGGUAAUCUUGAAAACUUAGUCAGAAGUCACAUUAAAGAAAUUUCUUCCAGUUUGGGAAGGCUUACUGACUGCCAUAAGGAGAAACUUGGGCUAAAAAAGCCACACAAGACCUUGGUCGAGGCGCCUCUAUGCCGGACACCUAAAAGCGGAACUGGCUCAGGAAAGCCAGCAGAGAACACUAGAAGCUCAACAGUGCCAAGCACGGUGCCUCUUGGAGCGCCCAAAGCCACGGUGAGACCAGAAACGGAUUCCGCGUCUACAUCCUCAGUUGAGCUGUGCCAUCAGAAAAACCGGAGCGGGCCAUUGCCAGAGCGCUCGGAGGCCUCCAGUUCACCCCUUUGCAGUCACAGCGGUGAGUCCUCCGUUGGCUCAGACAAUACCAAAUCUCCAGUUUCUCUUCUUUCAAAAAGUGAAAGCCAAAGAGAGUCCUCCCCUGCUCCAAGUCACGUCACACAGAACGGUCAGGUGGUGGAGGCCUGGUACGGCUCUGAUGAAUACCUAGCGUUGCCGUCUCACCUGAGACAGACAGAGGUGUUAGCUCUGAAGCUGGAAAAUCUAACCAAGCUUCUACCCCCGAAGCCCAGAGGAGAGACCAUCCAGGAUAUUGAUGACUGGGAACUGUCUGAAAUGAAUUCCGAUUCUGAAAUCUACCCAACAUACCACAUCAAGAAAAAACAUACGAGGCUAGGCAGGAUGUCUCCAAGCUCAUCCAGCGACAUAGCCUCUUCUCUCGGGGAGAGCAUUGAGUCUGGGCCCCUAAGUGACAUUCUUUCUGAUGAGGACUUAUGUAUGCCCCUCACCGGCAUGAAAAAAUUCACGGAUGAGAAAUCAGAGCGACCUUCGUCCUCUGAGAAGAAUGAGAGCCAUUCUGUGACAAAAUCAGCUUUCAUUCAGAAACUAAUGCAAGAUAUUCAAACCCAGGACAACUAUGAAGCCAUAUGGGAAAGAAUAGAGGCGUUCGUGAACAAGCUGGAUCAGUUCAUUCAGUGGCUGAAUGAAGCCACGGAGACCACUGAGAACUGGACGCCCCCUAAAGCGGAGACGGAUAGCCUUCGGCUGUACCUGGAGACACACUUGAGUUUUAAGUUGAACGUAGACAGUCAUUGUGCCCUCAAGGAAGCAGUGGAGGAGGAAGGACACCAACUUCUGGAGCUCAUUGCAUCUCACAAAGCAGGACUGAAGGACAUGCUGAAGAUGAUUGCAAGUCAAUGGAAGGAGCUGCAGAGGCAAAUCAAACGGCAACACAGCUGGAUCCUCAGAGCUCUGGACACCAUCAAAGCCGAGAUACUGGCUACUGAUGUGUCUGUGGAGGACGAGGAGGGGACGGGAAGCCCCAAGGCUGAGGUUCAGCUCUGCUACCUGGAGGCACAGAGGGACGCUGUUGAGCAGAUGUCUCUCAAGCUGUACAGCGAGCAGUACACCAGCGGCAGCAAGAGGAAAGAGGAGUUCGCCGAUAUGUCCAAAGCGCACUCGGUGGGAAGCGAUGGGCUUCUGGACUUUGAUUCAGAAUACCAGGAGCUCUGGGAUUGGCUGAUUGACAUGGAGUCCCUUGUGAUGGACAGCCACGACCUGAUGAUGUCAGAGGAACAGCAGCAGCAUCUUUACAAGCGGUACAGUGUGGAAAUGUCCAUCAGGCACCUGAAAAAGACAGAGCUGCUUAGCAAGGUUGAAGCUUUGAAGAAAGGUGGCGUUUCACUACCAAACGAUCUCCUGGAAAAAGUGGAUUCAAUUAAUGAAAAAUGGGAACUGCUUGGGAAAACGCUAAGAGAGAAGAUACAGGACACAAUGGCAGGGCACAGUGGGUCAGGCCCACGUGACCUGCUCUCCCCUGAAAGCGGAAGCCUGGUAAGGCAGCUGGAAGUCAGGAUCAAAGAGCUGAAAAGGUGGCUAAGAGAUACGGAGCUUUUCAUCUUCAAUUCCUGCCUGAGACAAGAGAAGGAGGGAACGAGCCCCGAGAAACAACUCCAAUACUUUAAGUCCCUCUGCCAUGAGAUUAAGCAGCGGCGUCGCGGAGUGGCCUCCGUUCUGAGGUUGUGCCAGCACCUUCUGGAUGACCGGGACACCUGCAAUCUGAAUGCGGACCACCAGCCCAUGCAGCUGAUCAUUGUAAACCUUGAGAGACGGUGGGAGGCCAUCGUCAUGCAAGCUGUCCAGUGGCGAACACGGUUACAAAAGAAGAUGGGAAACGAAUCCGAGACUUUGAAUGUGAUUGAUCCUGGAUUGAUGGACCUCAAUGGAAUGAGUGAGGACGCUCUGGAAUGGGAUGAAACAGAUAUAAGUAACAAACUAAUUAGUUUGCAUGAAGAAUCAAAUGACCUUGAUCAAGACGCAGAGGCUGCCAUACCCUCAGCGAAGCUUAAAGAUGCACACCACAAGGUCUCUGGCUAUGAGGAGGAGGCAGGUGGCUGUGGAGGGUCUCAGUAUACCUCAAAUAUCACUGCACCUUCCAGCCCGCAGAUCUACCAAGUGUAUAGUCUUCACAACAUCGAGCUCCAUGAGGACAGCCACACUCCGUUUCUGAAAAGCAGCCCAAAGUUUACAGGCCCAGCCCAGCCCACUGUUUUAACUAAGAGCCUCAGUAAAGAUUCUUCAUUUUCAUCCACAAAAUCAUUGCCAGAUCUUUUAGGGGGUUCCAGUUUGGUGAGGCCUUGCCCAUGUCACAGUGGAGACGUGAGCCAGAAUUCAGGCAGUGAGAGUGGAAUCGUCAGUGAAGGAGACAGCGAAAUGCCUGCCAGCUCUGAAAUGUGCUUGUUCAGUAUGGUAGAUGGGUCUCCAAGUAACCCUGAAACUGAGCAUCUGGGCUCACACAUGGGAGAUGCAGGCAACGUGUUAGAGCAAAAAUGUGAAGAAGAGAAGGAAAGCAUUAAGCUUCCAAGCAUCUCUCAGGCAUCCAUCUCACCAGUGGGUUGGGUAAAUGGAAAAGCAGGAGAUUUAAACAGUGUUACCAGGCAUACAGCCGAUUGCUUUGGAGAAGAAUUACAAGGAAAACAUGAUGUGUUUACAUUUUACGAUUACUCAUACCUCCAAGGCUCCAAACUCAAAUUACCAACGGUAAGGAAACAGUCGCAAAGCGAAAAGGCACACGUGGAGGAUCCCCUUCUUUGUGGUUUUUAUUUUGAUAAAAAAUCCUGCAAAUCUAAACAUCAGGCUUCAGAGCUGCAAGCAGAUGCACCUCCCCAUGAGAGGAUUUUGGCAAGUGCGCCCCACGAACUGGGCCGCAGCUCGUAUAAAGGUAGCGACAUAGAGAAGGCGCUCGUGGGCAUUCAGAACGCCAGGCAGCUCUCCCUGUUAUCUCGUAGCUCAUCCGUAGAGUCUCUUUCUCCAGGGGGUGAUUUGUCUGGUUUGGGAAUCUUUAAAAAUGGCAGUGACAGCCUCCAGCGAAGCACUUCUUUAGAAAGUUGGUUGACGUCCUAUAAGAGCAACGAGGAUCUUUUUAGCUGUCACAGCUCUGGGGACAUCAGUGUGAGCAGUGGCUCAGUUGGUGAGUUGAGUAAGAGGACAUUAGACCUCUUGAAUCGUCUGGAGAACAUCCAGAGCCCCUCAGAGCAAAAGAUCAAGCGGAGUGUUUCUGAUAUCACUCUCCAAAGCAGUUCCCAAAGGAUGUCCUUCACUGGCCAGAUGUCACUGGACGUCGCAUCUUCUAUCAAUGAAGACUCAGCAGCAUCUCUCACAGAACUGAGCAGCAGUGACGAGCUUUCUCUCUGCUCGGAGGACAUUGUGUUACACAAAAACAAGAUCCCAGAGUCAAAUGCAUCAUUCAGGAAGCGCCUGAACCGCUCAGUGGCUGAUGAAAGUGACGUCAAUGUCAGUAUGAUUGUGAAUGUCUCCUGCACCUCUGCUUGUACCGAUGACGAAGACGACAGUGACCUCCUCUCCAGCUCCACACUCACCUUAACUGAAGAAGAGCUAUGCCUCAAAGACGAAGACGACGACUCCAGUAUCGCAACAGAUGACGAAAUUUAUGAAGAAAGCAACCUGAUGUCUGGGCUCGACUACAUAAAGAACGAGCUGCAGACGUGGAUAAGACCAAAGUUUUCCUUGACAAGAGACAAGAAACGGUGCGGUGUCACUGAUGGCAUAAAGGGAAGUCAAGACAGAGCAAGUAACGAGAAGCUCAGUUCCUCAGACACCCUGAACAUCGAGGCCCUUCUAAACGGCUCCAUAAAAUGUCUCUCUGAAAACAAUGGGAACGGUAAGAACCCACCCAGAACUCACGACUUAGGAACGAGAGGUGAAAACAAGAGAAGUAACUACGAAGUUAGUAAAGAUCCACACAUGGCUGAUGUGGAAAAUGGCAAUAUUGAGAAUGCUCCAGAAAAACAAAAGGAGAAGCCAAGCACGCUUCCAGAGGUGUUGGAGAACCUCGAUUCGAACGUGAGAAAGAUGCCUGAACCCAAGCCCAGUGAAAGCAAAGCACUAACGGAGGGUUCUGAUGACUCCAGUGUCUCUGGAAAGGAAUUUGCUCCCCCAAAUGAUAGACAUCUUCCGCAGAUAGGCUUGACUAUCCAGCCUUCUGAAAACCAAAGCGCUGACUGCACACCUGUCGAGAACUCCGGCCCAGAAACACUGUUAGAAACCAGAGUUGGAAGCAGACAAGACAGUGAUGGGCUGAAAUCUUUGUCUAAUGAUGCACCAAGUGGGGCUAGUAAAUCUGCUGGUUGCUGCCUACUUGGACAAAAUGAGACAGAGGAAAGUGCUCCCAUCAGCAACAGCACUUCCUGUUGCAGCUGCGGGCCAGAUGUUUUCCAUCAAAAAGAUGAUGAAGAUUGCUCAGUACAUGACUUUGUUAAGGAAAUCAUUGACAUGGCAUCCACAGCCCUAAAGAGUAAAUCACAACCUGAGAGUGAGGUGGCUGCUCCCACUUCAUUAACUCAAAUUAAGGAGAAAGUGUUGGAGCAUUCUCACCGGCCCAUACACCUGAGAAAGGGGGAUUUUUACUCCUACUUAUCUCUUUCAUCUCAUGACAGUGACUGUGGGGAGGUCACCAGUUACAUAGAUGAGAAGAGCAGCACUCCAUUGCCACCGGACACUGUGGACCCUGGCUUAGAUGACAAGGAAGACAUCGAAUGCUUCUUUGAAGCGUGUGUUGAGGAUGAUGACCCUGCUGAUGAGAAAGCUCACUUCCCUAGUGCCCUUCCCAAUGAACCAGAAGUUCCUGAUGAAGCUGCCAAGCCAGUGCAAAUGACAGCAAGCUCUCCUGUGUUCAGUGGUGAGACAGACAUGGUGGUGGCGCUCCCAGGACCUUCUGCUCAGAAAAGAGCGGAUGAUGUGAAGGAAAGAGACGAGGUGCCUCGCACUUCUCAGGACUGUGCAGAGAGCUCGGAGCUCACCAUUUCUUCAGGAAGGGCCAGUAAAGAGGGCAGUUCAAGGAACCAAGGUGAAUCAGGAAUGCCAGAAGAAAAUGCUGCUUCAGCCAAAUCGAAAAUUCAAGCUCUCCCUCUGAAUGCAAAACAGCCAAAAGGCAAGGCUGUGCUGUAUCCCAGCCCCCAAACUUUAACCUGUAAAGAAAAGCUUGUAAGCUUUCAUGAAGACCGACACAGAAACAUGCAUAGGUAGAAUGUAAUGCCCCCAAGCAUGGAAAUCAUCUCAUUGAAAGAUAGCCUGGCUGCAGCUCAGGGCUGGCCUGAUCUAACCUGGGCUGGUCUUGGGUUCCAUCCUGUUGUCACUGCCGCCCGUCACAUUGACUUUCUGAAGAUAAACCUCCCUUCAGAAUGUGGUCUGUCCACGUGGGCCUUGUGAUCCGGAUGUGUGCAUCGCUUCUCUUAGGUGAUUGUCUUAGUUCCACAAAGCUGCUCGUUCACCCGUGGAUUCCUGUCCCAAGCUACCUCUGCCCACCCGCUCUCUCCAGCAAGACUCCUUUUUGCCCCCUCUUCUCCCUCCUCCUUUUAAAGCUCUGCAGUUCGCUAAAUUGAUGGUCCAUUAAACCCACUGCCUGGAAUGAUGUCCCUCCCCAUCAGAACUUGACCAAUUUUAUGUUUUACUCUGAAAUUUUUCAUGGUAUUAUACCUAUGUUUAUUGAAGGAGAUUUACCUUAAAAAAAAAAAAAAAAAAAAGCCAGCCAUUGAUUUGAUUGUAGUAUAGAGAAGACCCAUUGGUCCUUACUGCAAAAGUGAUGUUUAAAGCGCCAUUUUAAUUAUUUCUUUUUAAUAAUGAUCUAUGCAGCACUUCAAGAAACAACUAUAACAGUGUUGUAUAUUAUAAACUGGUACAUUCUACUAUUAAGUUUGUUUUUGGUUUCUAUGCUUCUUGAGGUGGUAGUGAGAAAAAUGUUUUUUAAAACAGUGUGCCUUGCUGUAUUUCUUAUACCAUUUAUUAAAAAAGCUGCUUUCAUGGUAAUAUUAUGUUGGUUUGAAAGGAGGAAAUAGCAAGGUUAAGAUGUGUGAAUAAUUUCUGUACAUAUGUAUAAGCUAGUACAAACAUUGAUGUAUGACAGUAUAAAAUGCUUUCAUGUCUGUGAUGACCAGUGAUGUGGAGAAUAUAAGCCUUAAACCCAUUCAAUUGCAUGGUAAUUAAAUUGGCAUAAUAAAAUUAGCUUAUUGGGGGAAAGGAAAAUUAAUGAUCUCUUCUACCUGUGUUAUUUACCAAUUCUUGUAUCUGGUUCUGAAAAAGAAAAAAAAAUUGUAUCAGUUUCCAAAAUAUCUAUAUCACACAAAAGGCUUAAGUUGCUUAAAGUACAGACAAGACC